UUGACAAUAUAAGAUAAUCAGCAAGAAAAGAGAUUCGCUUACAAAGCAUGAGGACAAGCCUAGAAACCUUCUUGCAGGGGUUGAUUGCAGGGUAGAUCUGUGAGCAGGCAGAGAAGAUAUCAAAGUGAAAGCCACUGACUCCCCACUGACUAGAAAAUGACUUGGACUUUUACCAAAACCAGUUUCUGGAACUUCGGCAAAGACUAUUGUAUGCUGAAAAGGAGAAUAAGAAAAGAUCACAGGAACUGAGCAGUGCCUUAGAUGAAAUUAAACGUGUAGUUGCAAAAAGAAUGAACUUGACAACAAAUCAUACAGAUUAUAUGAAGUGGAAGAUGUUAAACUUCACCAGAAAACUCCCUGUGCAUCUUAUAAACAUAUACUACUAUCUACCUCACCUUCGAGAUUAUGAAGAUGCUGUUUUCCCAAAUGUUAUUUUUGGGCAACAGAGAACUGGAGUCUCACUGGUGAUGGGGAUUCCUACAGUGAAAAGGGAAAAAAAGCAUUAUCUCAUAAGUACACUGCAUUCCCUACUGUAUGAACUUUCUGAAGAGGAAAAGAAUGACUGCAUGAUAAUCGUCUUUAUAGCAGAGGUGAAUGCAGAGUAUGUUAACAGUGUUGCACAAAGUGUGAAAACCAGCUUCCCCAGAGAAAUCCAGUCUGGAGUCCUAGAGGUCAUUUCUCCUCCUGCUUCUUAUUAUCCAGAUCUUUCCAACCUGAAGCAAAUGUUUGGAGAUCCAGAGGACAGAGUAAGGUGGAGAACCAAACAGAAUUUGGAUUACAGCUUUUUAAUGCUAUAUGCCCAACCAAAGGGAAGAUUUUAUUUACAGUUGGAAGAUGACAUUAUAGCCAAACCUGAUUAUAUUCAAAGUAUAAGAAACUUUGCUGAUAAGCAGUCCCAAGACUGGAUGAUUCUUGAGUUCUCCCAGCUAGGAUUUAUUGGGAAAUUGUUUAAAUCAGAAGACUUGCCACUCAUAGUGCAAUUUUUUCUCAUGUUCUAUAAGGAUAAGCCCAUAGACUGGCUUAUAGACCACCUGCUCUGGGUUAAAGUGUGCAAUCCAGAAAAGGAUGCUACACACUGUGAAAAGGAAAAGGCAAAGUUACGUAUCCGUGCUAAACCAUCUCUCUUUCAGCAUGUGGGAGUUUUUUCAUCACUGGCUGGGAAGAUACAGAAUUUGAAGGAUAAAGACUUUGGCAAAAAUGUGCUACAUAAAGUACAUAAUAAUCCACCUGCAAAAGUGGGUACAAGCCUGAAAACAUACGGGAAAUAUACCUUGGAGAAAGUUUAUAAAGGACAAGACUGUUUUUGGGCUUCAGCUCCAGUGGCAGGGGACUACAUCAGCUUCACCUUUUUAAAUCCACUGAAAGUUGAAAAGUACUUCUUCAGAAGUGGAAACAUGGAGCACCCUGGUGAUAAGCUGUUUAACACAACUGUGGAAGUGUUGCCAGCUGAUGAAAUGCUAAAAAAAGAACUGGUUGACAAUGGAAGUAAAUAUAACUACACAGCAACCAAAGACGGAUAUUUACAGAUAGGGGCUUUUGAAAAUGGAAUUGCAGAAGGCAGUAUCAAUCCAUCGAUGGGAAAAAUACAGGCUAUUCGUCUGUCAGUCAAUUCUGAUUCUCCUGUAUGGGCAAUACUUAGUGAGGUAUUCAUCAAGACAUCUGAAAACUGAAAAGAAGAAUAUUUGGUUUGUCACUUGUUAUAGAUUGUUUGAAAACAGCAACAGAAAAACGGCUGGGUAAAAAGAGCAAAUGCAAACCCAUUUAAUUCUUAAUACUGUGUAUUAGGAAAGAGUUAACUACUGAAUCUUUAUAUAAGGAAUAUUGGAAGCUGUGAAGAACCUGAUUACUUUAGUAAUCUCUACAAAAUGUUCUUGAGUAAGGUGUCAUAGAUAAAUAUCUCACCUUAACUUGGCAACAUUCAAUGUAGAUUAUUAUACACAAAUAGUAAGGCAAUACAAGCUGUCUCAGGGACUAAAGCAUAUAAGUAAGAUAAGUUUCACUGGAACUAAAAAUAUGGACAUUUUUGAAAAAUAUUAAAGACUCAGUUUUCAACGCCACUAAAAACUGGUCAAUUUUGGGGGGAAAAUAAAACUGAAGGAAAAGUUGUCAAUAUUUAUUGCAAGCAUUUAGAGCAGUCCGUAGAGAUAGGAACAACUUAACAAUAUGAAAAUGGAUCUCAGACUUAAUGGAAGAAGUGUGUUUCAGCCUUAAUGUAGCCUAAGUUAUAUUUGUGGGGUUUUUUUAAUGGAAAGUGCCUACAAUAUACCAUUUGAAUAACUUGAAAUUUAAAUGGGCAUUUUUUGGAGGAUUGUAAAACUUGUCAGUGAAUUGUGCACUGAAUUAACUACAGGGGAAAGUACGGGUAUUAUGUGUAACGGUAUUUUUUGUAGAAAGAAAAUCUAUUUAAGUAAAAUUUUUGAUGCUCUAAUUUGAUAAUUAGUAUGUACGGAUACUUAAAUCCUGGUCACAAAGCCAAACUCAGUAUGGAUUUGAAAACAAACGUUAAGCCACAGUUGUGUCAUUUGAAAUGGUUUUGGGAAAUGAUAAUCCACCUUGGACAUCUACCUGUGCAGAACUCCUGCAUCACUUCCUUGGCACGUGAAGCACAACUGCACCCUUGUUCUCCUGCUUGUGCAUUGCAUCCUGACAGCAGUGUGAGAAACAAACUGCACUGUGCACUUGUGUGUGGAUUUGUAUUAAAUACAUUCAAUUCAUGAAGAAUUGUAUUCUUAAUGCAAGAAUAUUUUUAUUUAG